AUGUCUACGAUAAAUAUUGCUUUCAGACGAUUUUGGCAGAGCGAGACUGGUCCCAAGACGGUACAUUUCUGGGCACCCACUUUGAAAUGGGGCCUUGUGAUCGCUGGGUUGACGGACAUCAACAGACCAGUGGAUAAAGUGAGCGGUGCGCAAAACUUGUCAUUGCUAUCCACUGCGGUGAUAUGGACGAGGUGGUCCUUCGUGAUCAAACCAAAAAACAUGCUAUUGGCCUCGGUGAACUCGUUCCUGACUUUGACCGCCGGCUACCAAUUGGCCAGGAUCGUGAACUAUAGACUGCGGAACGGUGACACAAUUCAACAAACUUUCUCUUACAUCCUGAAUGGUGCAGGCAACCGCAAUAACGAGAAAUUGAUACAGGAGUGA